AUGUCUUCUGCACCUCUGAAGCCCCUAAAUUUCUACGACAUAGCAUUCAAAGCACCUCGAAAAGAGACCAACACCGCUCCGAAUCCGUGGAAGGCCAGACUUGCGUUGAACUUCAAGGCCCUUCCUUACGUCACGACCUGGGUGCCUCUACCGGAUGUUGAAAAGGUUCGACGAAACUUGCAAGUUCCUGCUUGUCGAAAGUUCGGUGACGGCAGCGACUACUACACCUUGCCCGUACUUGAAGACCCCAACACCGGCGACAAUCUCGGCGAUUCCUUCGACAUUGCGGUCUAUCUGCAAAAGACGUACCCGGAUUCAGGCUUGGAUCUUUUCCCAGAGCAGAAGCUCGAUUAUGUGUUUAUACCAGAUCAAGCAUCGCCAAUUCCCAUAACAAAUGUUCGCGGAGGAGAACACGAUGAGUACGCACGGUUCAACAUGAGUGUGGACGAAGUAUUUACUGCACAUGUCAUUCUCAUGGUCAACGGUAUGUUGCUGGAACCAGCAGGCGAACAGGUCUUUGUCAAGCGCGCGGGCGUGGACUCGUUCGAUGCUUUUGCAUGUGUCGGCGAGCAGCGAGAACAGGUCUUGGUGUCUUUCGAAAGCAACUUGGAAGGACUAGCCAAUGUCUUCAAGAAAGAUGAAAGCGGACCUUUCAUUCUCGGCGCGAAGGCUAGUUAUGCGGAUCUUAUUGUUGGUGGAUGGCUGCGUAUGUCCAACAGAAGCCUUCCAAGCGCCGAGUGGAACGCACUGAGAGGCUGGCAUGGAGGUGUCUUUGGGCAAUUGCAUGAUGCGCUAGACAAAUAUGCACAGACUGAUGAAGGACGUGAGGUCUAG